AAGUUACAUAGGACGGUGUGGCCUAGUCCCAAGGGACUGUUGUGGGGAGGUUGGGAAGUUGAAGAACACCUCGCCCUUCCAUCAUGUCAGCCAAGAAGGCAGAACUGAAGAAAACUAACCUGGUAAAGGAAGAGUAUUGCUGGGCACAGUGGGACCUCUGUGGGCUCCUGCUGAAUGGAGGCAGGACAGAGAGGCCACUGGAAGCCAUCCUAAAAAGAACUACAAGGCCGUUUGGAUGGAACUAAAGCCAGAGCUGACACAAAUAUAUGAUUUCAAAGGAUCUAAACAAGAAGGGCUAUUCAUCAAAAAAGGGAUGACUCGGGAGCUGAAGAAUGAACUGAGGGAGGUGAGAGAAGAACUCACAGAAAAAAUGGAAGAGAUAAAACAGAUAAAGGAUCUAAUGGACCAAGAUUUUGAUAAACUUCAUGAGUUUGUAGAAAUUAUGAAGGAGAUGCAGCAGGAUAUGGAUGCAAGGAUGGAUGUUCUAAUUAAUAUUCAGAAGAACAACAAGCUUCCCUCUCCAAACAAACCAAAGGAGCAGCAGAAAAUGGAGCAGAUAGGAAAGAUGGACAAAGGCUCCCAGGUCACGAUCAUGGAAGAACCCGAUGGAGUACCUUUGGCUGGUGACAAGAUGGUGGUGCCACCAAAAACAACAACUAAUCUACUGGAGCCCCUCCAUUCAUGCCAGAGUUGCUGCGAGAAAUGUUUGUUGUGUGCCCUAAAGACCAACUGCAAUUGGGGCAGGAGACCUUCACACCAUGCCUGGGCGCCUUUUUCACACUUGUCGUCUGGAGCUGCUUUCUGAUUUAUCUGUAUUUCAAGUUUGACGAGAUGGAGUAUGUGCUUCCGACGUAGCAGAACCAUGGAGCCCCCAACAGCUCUGGUUCAUCACCUCCUGACUCCCAUGAGCUGCACAGCAGGGUCUUCUGCCCUCUUAAACACCCUCCAACCCCCACCCCUGCCCAGGCUUCCACCUGGAGAUUAAAGAAUUUUGUUUAAAGC